CAAAUCAAGCUCUUAAGGCAGCUACAGAGUGCUUUCAUUCAUCUUCUCCCCCACCACCAUCUCCACUAUCAUCAGCCUCCAUUAUUCUCUUCUAUUUUUAACCACUCUUUAUAUUCCCCUAAAUAUUGCCUUCAUUAUUGAGUUUGGGGGUUAGUUCUUUUUUUUCUUAUUGAAAAAAAAAAGAUUUUUAUUCGAGCCCAUCGAAGAAAACGUGCUCCAAGAUCGCACCUUGACGUGUUUUCUAGGGUUUUCACGCUAAUCCCACGAAUUCCCUAUCCAGUUUCACCAAGAUCGCAUCUUUAUGUGAUCUCUAGUCUCUUCUCGCAGAUCCAACAAAGCCCUUCAAAUCAGUUUCUAGGGUUUCAUUUACAGAAAUGGGGAACGCUGGGAGCAGUGGAGCUCAGAGCAGGAGAAGGCAUUCGAACCCUAAUCAUCAAAUUGAGCCCUCUCCUCAAGUCCCUCCCCCAAUUCAGCAGCACCCUCAGCCCUCUCAGCCGCCGGAGAUGCCGGGAACCGCUACGUUUUCGCCGCCGCAACCCCGUACCCUCCCCAAUUCCCAAACCCUAACCCUAACCCUAACAUGCCCCCUUAUUAUCAGUUUGCCGGAUAUUACCCUCCUCCACCGCCGCCGCCGCCGUUGCCUGCACCUUUUGAUCACCACCACCGAAACCCAGGGCCUGGGCCCGGGCCCCACCACCCAAAUUGGGGUGGAGGGAGGGGCCCAUACCCUUGUGGGCCCCCGCCUCCACAGCUGGCGCCCUAUGUGGAGCAUCAGAAGGCGGUGACGAUUAGAAACGAUGUAAACCUCAAGAAGGAGAGCUUGAGGGUUGAGCCUGAUGAGUUGAAUCCGGGGAAGUUCCUUGUUGCCUUCACUUUUGAUGCCACUGUUGCUGGAAGCAUUUCGGUAUGUUUCUUUGCAAAGGAAGGAUUCGACUGUAACUUAACUUCGACAAAGGAAAACUUCCUUGAGCCUGUCACCGUAUCUUUCAAGGAAGGCCUUGGCCAGAAGUUCAAGCAACCAUCAGGUACUGGAAUUGACUUCUCAUUGUUUGAGGAAGCAGAGUUAAUGAAAGAGGGAGAGCUGGAAGUUUACCCUCUUGCUGUGAAAGCAGAAGCUUCUUCAUCUGAAGAUCAAAGACCGGACAGUGAAAAUGAGAACAUAAGUUCUUUGAACUCACAAAUCACACAAGCUGUGUUUGAGAAAAAGGAAAAGGGUGACUAUAAAGUACGUGUAGUGAAGCAAAUAUUGUGGGUAAAUGGCACUAGAUAUGAGUUGCAAGAGAUUUAUGGGAUAGGAAAUUCAGUUGAUAAUGAUUUUGAUGGGAGUGAUCCUGGAAAAGAGUGUGUUAUUUGUCUCUCAGAACCUCGGGAUACAACUGUUCUCCCUUGCCGACAUAUGUGCAUGUGCAGUGGCUGUGCAAAGGUUUUAAGGUACCAAACAAACCGAUGUCCCAUAUGUAGGCAGCCAGUAGAGCGAUUAUUGGAGAUUAAAGUCAACAACCGGUCUGAAGAGCGACAAGCAGUGGAGCACAAUUGAUCCAUGUAUCAAUCUGCAAACAGAGUGGAGUGGGCUGUAUAAUUAUAAUCCUUUUUGAGAUCAAUUUCAAUAUGUUGUUUAUAUUGGCUCAAGAUGAAUCAUGAAAAAACACUUCUGUUUUUAUAUGUUUUCACCAUAAUGGUUGCUUGCUAAAACAAUAUUGUGCAACAGUGGAAGCAAAGUAUAUAUUUAGUUGCCUGUAUUAAUUACAUAAGUCAUAGAUUCUCUGUACCAAUAUUUUCUUGUUUCUAUUGUGUGCUGUUUAUCCUUUCAGCAUGAAAAUUCUAGUUGAAUAUGAAUUUAAGGUGGAAGUCCUCUGUUUGUUUU